AUGGACGUUUACGAUACAACUGCUGCUCAUUCAGUGUCUGAUGAUGGCAUCUCCAAUUGCGAAGAAGUGAUAACGCGCAUUGUUACAGACUUGUUUUCCUAUGAUGAUAUCAAAAGAAGACGUAUAUUUGACCACUAUUAUUUUCCAAAUGCCACAUUUACAUCGCCUAUAUUGAGGACUGAAGGCGUGCACAACAUCAAACACGUCCUGCUGGUAUGGAAGACACUCAACAAAGAGCAGCCGCAGAUAAACAGCAUUUGCUUCAAUGGAAAGACAUGUGUUGUGUUCCUGACGCAAACACUGUGUCCCAGAAUGUUUCCCUGGAUCAAAAUAGCAUUGCCAGUUACUGUUGUACUAGAAUUCAAAGAAACAGACAAAGACAGCGGAUUGCUCAAGAUUGAAACACAUCAAGAGCAGUGGACAAUCGAGGGUAUAUUGAAGGCAAUCCCAUUUGUAUCGUUUUGGUAUGACCACGUCGUACGCACGAUGAUUGGUAAACUGCUCUCUGCUACUGGAGAAGCAGUGUAUACGGCAACAGAAACAGCAAGCUUACUUGUAUUGAGGAGCAAAGAAAUUGAAGACGCCAAACGAAGGCUAGAGUCUGGUGCUUAUGUAGUGAUCGAUGAUAAUGACAAUGGCAUUGAUCAGAGCAAAAAACAAGAGCAAGUGAUGAUGCUGAGGAUCAAACACUCGUCGUUCUCUUCCACUGCCUCUUGA